AUGACAUCCAUUAGACCCGAGUUGAGAUUCACUGAUAUCGCUGAAGAAAGAGGAUUUUAUAAAAGAUUUCUUACUUUACCGGAAAAACCAGAAAAUAUCAUUAGGAUUGCAGACAGAGGUGAAUAUUACACCAUCGUGGGUGAAGAUGCUCAAUUCGCAGCACAACAGGUUUAUCACACCAGUUCUGUUUUAAAAAAAGCCAACUGCUUAUCUGGUAACGAAAACAGUGAACCAUUAACCUAUGUAACCAUGUCACAACAAGUUUGUCUACAAUUUUUAAAAAUGUGUUUAUUCGAAUAUGGUUACAAGAUUGAAAUAUAUGAUAAAAGCUGGAAAAUUAUUAAACGUGCCUCGCCAGGUAAUAUUGAACAAAUCGAUGAUUUAUUAUCGGUUUCUAUUGACAGUUCCAUUGUUUUAUGCAGUUUAAAAUUUCAAAAUAAUUUAAAUGAGGGAAAUUCUACGAUUGGCUGCUCUUUUGUCGAUAGUAGCAUCUAUAAACUUGGAAUGAUUGAAUUACUCGACAAUGAGGUCUAUUCUAAUUUAGAAAGCUUGAUUAUCCAGUUAGGUGCAAAAGAAUGUUUAGUGCCAGACUUAAGGGAAAACAUUAGUCAAAAAAAGGAACUAGAAAAGAUUACAAGGGUUAUCGAUCGCUGUGGGUGCGUUGUUACUUUUGUCAAACCUUCCGACUUUACGGAUAAGGAUGUUGAUCAGGAUAUAGUAAGAUUAGUUGGUGAUGAAUUGACAUUGGCACUACCUAAAUAUUCCAAAUUAUGUCUAAGUGCUUGUAAUGCUCUAUUAAUUUAUUUAAAUUUAAUGGGAGAAACUAAAAAUUACGGAAAAUAUGAAUUAAUUGAACACUCUUUGAACCAAUAUAUGAAACUAGAUGCCAGUUCCCUAAGAGCUUUAAAUAUUUUCCCACAAGGUCCUUCUCAAUCAAUUGCCACUGCGGGAAGUAGUAACCACACCAAGAUAAAUAGUGUAUUUCAAUUACUAAAUAAGUGUAAAACACAUUCCGGAGUCAGAUUGUUACACGAAUGGUUAAAACAACCCUUGUUGGACCUGGAUGAAUUGAAUAAAAGACACGAUUUGGUCGAAUUUUUAAUCGAUCAAUUAGAAUUAAGACAAAUAUUACGAGACAAUUAUUUACCACAUGUGCCGGACGUUAGAAGAAUUACCAAAAAAUUAAAUAUGAAGGCCAAUUUAGAUGAAGUAUUAAAAUUGUACACCUUUGUGGAUAAAUUACCCAUGAUUGCCUCAACUAUCAAAGAAUAUGUAGCUGAUUGUGGUACCAAUCACACUGCUAAUAUUAUUUUAGAGGAAUGGUAUGGUCCCUUGGAAAAGGAAAUUGAGCCUCUAUCAAAUUUUAAAAAAAUGGUAGAGGACACUAUAGACCUAGAUCAUUAUGAAAAAUAUAACGAAGCUAUUAUCAAUUGUGAGGCAGAAGAACAGUUAUCCUUGUGCAAGGGAAAGUUAGACCAACAUUUAGCCGAGGUCGAAGACCUCCAUUCUUCUGUAGCUGAAGAUUUGGGUACGGAUGACAAGAGAUUGAAGCUAGAAAAACACCACUUGUAUGGUUGGUGUUUCAGAUUAACCCGUAAUGAUGCCAAAGUUUUACGUGGAAAAACUGAACAUCGCUAUUACGAAUUAUCCACUGUGAAAGCAGGUGUCUAUUUCACCACCAAAGACUUGGAAAGGAUUUCUAAAGAAAUUGAACAAUUAGAACAGCAAUAUGAUGCUUUACAAAAAGAAUUAGUCGCUGAGGUUGUCGCUGUUGCUUUAACAUAUACACCUGUAUUGGAGAGAAUAUCAAUGAUUUUGGCCAAUGUCGAUGUGCUAUGCUCUUUUGCACAUGUUUCAUCCUAUGCGCCUAUCCCCUAUGUCCGCCCUACUAUGCUAUCUAUGACAGAGCAAGAUACUAGAAAAUUGAUUUUGCAAAAUUCCCGCCACCCUGUGUUGGAAGUUCAAGAUGAUGUUUCAUUUAUUUCCAACGAUGUUAAAAUGGAACGCGGAACCAGAGAUUUUUUGAUUAUUACCGGUCCAAAUAUGGGUGGUAAAUCCACGUAUAUUAGGCAGAUUGGUGUGAUUGUAUUAAUGGCCCAGGUUGGAUGUUUUGUUCCCUGUGAUGAUGCUCAAAUCUCUAUUAUGGAUUCCAUCCUAUGCAGAGUUGGUGCCGGUGAUUCUCAAUUUAAGGGGGUAUCUACUUUUAUGGUUGAAAUGUUAGAAACUUCAUCUAUCUUGAAAAAUUCUACAUCUAACUCGUUGGUUAUAAUUGAUGAAUUAGGUCGUGGUACCAGUACUUAUGAUGGUUUUGGUCUUGCUUGGAGUAUUAGUGAAUUUAUUGCCACUAAAAUUAAAUGCUUCACUUUAUUUGCGACACAUUUCCACGAGUUAACAGCAUUAGCUGAACGAUUACCGAAUAUCAAAAACAUGCAGGUUUUGGCCCAUAUUGAUACUGCAGUUGGAGGGGAAAGCGCAAAGAAUAAAGACGAUGAAAUUACGUUAUUAUAUAAAGUGGAAGAUGGUAUAUCAGAUCAAUCUUUUGGUAUCAAUGUUGCCGAGGUUGUCAAUUUUCCAACAAAAAUCAUUCAAAUGGCAAAACGAAAAGCAAGUGAGUUGGAAGAAUUAAAAGAGGCAACAAAUGAAGAUGAUGUGAGUAAGAAACAUUGCACUAAGCAUGAGAUCGCCCAUGGUACUGCCAGUUUAAAAAAUAUAUUACGAGAAUGGAAAAAAAAAGUGGAACAAACUGAAAAUUUAGAUAACAUGAAAGCCAUUGAAAACUUACUUCGUGAUGUUUAUAAAGUUGCCGAAGACGAUAAAUAUAUCCGUGAGUUAAUACGGGAACUUGAAUAA